CGAGGCAGAAGCUCCGAAGGCAUCGCCAUGGCUUGUAAGUCCCCACUGACAGACAGGGAGCCGACAUGCACGCUUCUUAUCGCCGUGCCUUUCUGCUCCUGUCCGUUCUUUCUGUGCCGCUUCUCACUUCUUUUCUGUGUGUGUUGGUUUUGUUGAUGUGUGACACCGUGUGUGUGUGGCAGCGAACAUCAAAGUGUAUCUGCGUGUGCGUCCGACGGCCAAGCCUGCACCCUCAUUCAACACAUACGAUGAUGAGGGCGUUGUCGAGGUGCGCUCAGACACGCACACACAGGAGGAUAGAUGGACGGUCUAUCUCCCCUGUCUGUCUGUGUGUGCAUGGCAUGUAUGGCUGUGUCAGUUUGACAUGCCCCGUGAGGUGCCUUACGUCAACAACACCCGCUCCAACUUCAGGUUCAAGUUCGACGGCGUCUUCGGCAUGAAGGCCACCCAGGAAGAGGUCUUCAAGACACUCGCCGUGCCUGUCAUCGAUGACGUACCUUAAACCGCACACAGACGCACGCACACACACACACACAAACACCAGACACGGCACGUGGCUGUGUGUGUGCAGGUGCUCCAGGGCAUCAAUGGCACCAUAUUCGCCUACGGCCAGACGGGGAGCGGCAAGACCUUCACCAUCACGGGCGGCUCCGAGCGGUACGUCGACCGUGGGCUCAUCCCGCGGGCGCUGUCGCACCUGUACGGCCUCAUGCAUCGGCAGAAGGGCGAGACCUCUUACAAGGUCUACAUCUCGUACCUGGAGAUAUACAACGACAGGGGCUAUGACCUACUGGCCACCAAUGUCAAGGAGGCCAGGAAACUCGAGGAUUUGCCAAAGGUCAGUUUGGCCGGUCAGUGUGGCCGAGCGAAAAGGUGCGAGCGAUUUAUCGGUUGUCUGUCUGUCUGUCUAUCUGUCUGUCUGUCUGUCUGUCUGUCCGUGCGCGGGUGCGACGUGCUAGGUGUCUCUGAUGGAAGACGAUGAAGGCAACAUUCACCUCAGAAACCUCAGCGUCAACAGCGCUCAGAACGAAGAGGAAGCUCUCAACCUGGUCGGCAAAACCCUUCAUCCAUCCAUCCAUCCAUUCCAUCUGCCCUUUGCCCCUCCAUGCAAUGCAAUGCAGCUCUUCCUAGGCGACACAAAUCGUGUGGUGGCCGAGACGCCCAUGAACGACGCCUCCACCCGGUCUCACUGCAUCUUCAUCAUAUGGGUGGAGAGCCACCAGGCCGGGUCAGACGCCGUCCGACGCGCCAAGUUCCACCUCGUCGACCUGGCGGGCUCCGAGCGCGUGGCCAAGACCGGCCUCAACCCCGACGAGACGCUCUUCAAAGAGGCAUGCAGCAUCAACCUCGCCCUGCACUACCUCGAGCAGGUCUGUUGGUAGUGGUAUUGGGAAGGGGGGAUUGACAUGUCUGUGGUGUGGGUGGGGGAUGGAUGGGCGCAGGUGAUAGUGGCUCUGCAUGAGCGUGCCCGGGGGAACAGGCUUCACGUGCCGUACCGGAACUCGAUGAUGACGUCUGUGCUGCGGGACUCGCUGGGGGGCAACUGCAAGACCAUUAUGGUGGGCAACGUGGCCGUUGAUGGGCCUUGUAUCGAGGAGACCAUUUCCACUUGCAGGUGGGCACACACCGCACACCACACCGAGGGAAAGAAACAUGACGCCAUGCCGGCCGGGUCGAUGUGUGUGUCCUGUUUGUGUGUGUGUGCCACUAAACCAACAGGUUUGCGCAGGCGGUAGCUCAGGUGGAGAACACGGCCACGAUCAACGAAGAGACCGACCCCAACCUGGUCAGACAGACCGGCAGCUUAGAGAGCAAAUGAUAUGUAUGCGUGUGCGGCCGGCCAUUCAUUCCAUCCAUCUCAUCUGCACUGCACUGUCCCUCCGGCAUGCAGAUGAUCAAGCGCCUAAAACAAGAGAUUGAAGAGCUGAAAGAGGAGAUCCGCAUACUCAAGGUGAAAGCGAUGACGAGUGAGACAGGCACAGCACAGCACAGUGAGUAGUAAGACGUAUACGCUUUGUUAUGGUGCAGGGUGAGGGCGGCGAGGGAUACGACCCGACUGCCCCCCUGACAGAGCAGGAGAUGGCCGACUGCCGCGCCGCAGUGCAGGCCUACAUAGAGGCCGACGACCCCUCCGCCAGCAUCUCCCUCUCACCUGAUCUCAGGAGAACCAAACACUACUUCAAACUCAUGAGGUGGGUGGCCACACACACAAACACACGAGACACCUCACAAGACACCUGCUUUGUGCCUCUACCUCUCUGUGUGUGUGGCACACAGAGAGGAGAUCUGGGCGGCGAGGCAGCAACAGCUGCAGAGCAAAGACAGCACCAAACACAGGGACAGGGAUGGCGCGAGAUGUGUGGUGGCGGCAUCAUCAGCCUCAGCCUCAGCACCAGCAUCUCACCAUGACAACGACACCGUCCGUCGGCUGCAGAUCGAGCUGCAGCAGCGCGACAACGAGCUCGCCAUCCUUAUGAACGUCAUGAACCAGAAAGGAGGCCUCGCGGGGGUGCAGGGCAUUCCCGAGAGGCUGCUAGGGCUCGGCACAAACCCACCCCCACCCCUACCCCCACCCACACAGCCGUCGGUAAGUCCCGGGAGACCAUGAGACGAGACAGACACGGACACAGCAGCCAACACGCGAGCACCAGAAGUGCCUCCCUGCGUCUCUCUCUCCCUCUGCAGACCUCUGCGGGGUCUCCCGCGUCGCCAUCAUCGGCCAGCUGCAGCCCGUCCACAGUCGAGGAGCUGGUCGACCGCAACAGGGCUUUCGAGGUCUUCAGAAAGAGCGUCAGACGUACUGAGGUAGGUAGGUAGGCACCCACAUACCUACCUAACACACGGGCGGGAGUGCUUCUGUGUUUUGUGUGGUGGGCUUGCAGUCGUUUGAGGAGAACAAGGAUCUGCUGCGACAGCUGUACGGCGAGGCCAAGGGGCUGGGGGAGCGGGCCAACGAGGCACGGCAGAAGAUCACCGACCUCAAGACCAGGAUAGAGAAGGGGCGGGUGCGCAGAGCUAUGGAGGCGGCUGAGACACAAAGCUGCUCAGCGGCUUUGGAGGAGCCCACUGCCGGUCGGCCAGCCAGCCAUCUGUACAUAUAGAUGCGCGCAGGACUGUGUGUGUGUGUGGAUCCUUUGCUAGAUGCCGAGGAGGAGGCAUUGCUGACCGAGAUGGAGCAGCACAAGACCACCUACAAAGACUGCACCGCACAGCUCAGAGAAGUCAAAGGCGAGACAGACACCGACCGACCGACCGACCAGCCCUCACCCCUCCUACACACACACACAUCCAUCCCCUGUCUCCCUAUCUCUUAUCUCUCUCACUCAGGUCACAUAGAGCGCAUUCAGCAGCUGAUGGUGCAGAACAAGGCCAGGCUCCAGCGCGACUUUGAGAGAUGGCUGGAGACAUGCAGACGAAAGGGGCCGCCAGCAGCAGCUGCGGCGGCAGCACCCCCCGCCCCACCCCCACCAUUGCACAGCUCUGGGAGCGAUCUGCCGUCCCCCAGUGAGUGCCACCCCAAUGGGGUGCCCAAAUACACGGGCCACCAGGACACUGAUAUGGUGAGUAGAGAGAGCUACUGGGGUGGGUGGGUGCGGUGCACCGUCAGGGAGGGAGGGAGGGAUGCAUGUGUGUGUUCUGUUGGUUGGUUGGUUGCAGGACAUAGCCAAGUUCUAUCAGGCCAGGCUGGCCAAGAGACAAGGGCCGUGAGAGAGAUGUGUGUGUGUGUGUAUGCGUGUGUGUGUGAGGUGUGCGUGUUGAUGCGA